UGAGGUCUGCUGGUGGGUUCUGCACCCGGGCUAGCGCCAACUUCCUGUCUUUGCAGGCCUCCUCGCUGGAGAGGCAGAGUCCUCGAGUGACCUCCUGCCUUGCACAUAGCCUGUGCCCCCGGGAGCCCAGCUUGCAGACCACGGCAGUGGUAUCCAUGGGCUCUGCAGACCAUCAGUUUAACCUCGCCGAGCUCCUGUCACAGAACUACAGCCUCCGAGAGGGGUGUGCCGAGGCCCCGCAGGGCCCUGACAAGCCGGAGGAGGAGGAGCUGGACAAGGACUUCAUCGCCCAGAGCAGUGACAUGCCCCUGGAUGAGCUGCUUGCCUUGUAUGGGUACGAGUCGUCAGACCCCAUCUCUGAGCAGGAGAGCGAGGGCGGAGACGCAGCCCCAACCCUCCCGGACAUGACCUUGGACAAGGAGCAGAUAGCCAAGGACUUGCUUUCUGGGGAAGAAGAGGAAGAGACGCAGUCCUCUGCUGAUGACCUCACCCCGUCUGUCACCUCCCAUGAGGCCUCCGACCUCUUUCAUAAUCAGAGCGGGUCUCGGUUCUUGGCGGGUGAUAACGGCCCAGGCUCCUCGGCCUCCUCCGACACUGAGGAGGACGCGCUUCCUGCCAACAAGUGUAAGAAGGAGAUCAUGGUGGGACCUCAGUUCCAAGCCGACCUCAACAUCCUGCACCUGAACCGACACUGUGACAAGAUCUAUGAAAACGAAGACCAGCUGCUGUGGAGCCCCAGCGUGCUGCCGGAGCGGGAGGUGGAGGAGUUCCUGUACAGGGCCGUGAAGCGCAGGUGGCAGGAGGUGGCCGGCCCCCAGGUCCCGGAGGGCGAGGUGGUUAAGGACAGUGAGCAGGCGCUGUACGAGCUGGUGAAGUGUAAUUUCAACGUGGAGGAGGCCCUGCGCAGGCUGAGGUUCAACGUCAAGGUGAUCCGAGAUGGCCUCUGUGCCUGGAGCGAGGAGGAGUGCAGGAACUUUGAACACGGCUUCCGUGUUCACGGGAAGAACUUCCACCUGAUCCAGGCCAACAAGGUGCGCACAAGGUCGGUAGGCGAGUGUGUGGAGUACUACUACCUGUGGAAGAAAUCUGAGCGCUACGACUACUUUGCCCAGCAGACGCGGCUGGGCCGGAGGAAGUUCGUCUCCUCUGGAACCACGGAUGCUGAGCAGGACCUGGAUGGCCUUGACCCCGAUGGUGCUGCCCGGUUGUGCCCUGAGCAGGAGGCUGAGGCAGGGGUGCCCAUGGAGCCGUCGAGUGUGGAUGUCGCAGCUGGUGGACUCGAUCAGCGAGUGGGCUCGGAUGAUCUCCCGUCCUCGGAGCCGGGACCGUGUCUGUUGCAGCCGCUGGAUGAGCCGCCUGCUGUGGCCUCGCUCCAGCAGCCCAGCAGCCUGUCAGCCCUGGCUGAACUCCCUGUGGCUGCCGCUGAGGCUGCGGCUGCUCCUGCUCCGGAGCUGGACGCCAGCUCCAGGCUGGCCGUGGACCUCGCCCUACCUGAGGAGCUGCCCCUGGUGUCCAGCCCUGUGGAUUUGAGCGAGGACACUGCAGAGCCCAUGGCUCCUGCACAGAUGGCCUUGUCAGUCACUGAAUUUGGACUCAUUGGCAUCGGGGACGUGGACCCCUUCCUGACUGGCCACCCGGCAUGCCCAGCCUCCACACUGCGCUCGGAGCCCUUGUCACAGUGCAAUGUGAUGACCUGUUGACCCCUGGUCAUCUGUGGGCAUGUGUGCUCAGAAUGGACAUGGCAGCACCUCCAGGCCUGCCCGUCAGUCUUCCUGACCCCUCCCACGCAGGCCUGCGUGGUGCCUCCUCUGCUUCAGAACAUGAUGGGACUCAGUGAAGUGGCCAGGGCCACACAGACCCCAGACCUCAGCAUCCAGCAGCACCACAGCCCCAGGCUGCCACCGUGCCAUGGAGCCAGCCUGGCAGCUGGGCUCAAAGAGGGCCCGUCCCAACAUGGAGCCAGCCCCUGGCCCCCGAGCCAGCGGAGGCUGGGCAGGCAGUGCUGCCCGGGGCUGUGGGCAGGACUCAUCCCGCACCAGCAGCCUCUGCCCGGGCACUCUCCACAGGCCAGCUCUCCCCCACCGCAGCGGAGUUGUGGCCGCCAGCCUCUGCUCAGCGUGGGACCUUGGGGCACAGAGCCAUAUACCUCGCCCUGUGGCCGCCCUUUCUCGGCCCUUCGCCGUGUCCACUUCAGGAAAAGCCGCACUUUAAACCCCAACUGCCUCCUGCCCGCACCCCCACCCUGGGCCGAGGUGGGGCCUCAGCAGCCUCGGUGGGUGAGGAGCAGGUGGUCUGUUCCCUUCCUGCCUCUCUCCUUGGGGCAUCUUGGGGCACAGCUCUGGAAGCACCACCCUGCCUGUGCCCCCCUGUCCUGAGGGUUUCAUUUCUUUGGAGGCUCCCAGCAGGAUGGCUGGGUCCGUCUUGUCCUCGGUCUCCCUCAUUUUAUUUAUGUUGGUGUUUACAGUUCGGAGUGGGGUCCCUGGGCAGGCAGCUCCACCCGGUGUUGGCAGAGCGGUGCUGUGUGAGCCUCUGCGGCUGGACUCGACCGUCCCUCGCCCCACCGAGGCCACUGUGACGCGAGACUGCCUUUGCCCAAUGCUAUUUUAUUUAUUAAACUUGAUUUGAAGCCC